CAUUCAACUGGUUGUCUAUUAUGUUCCUGCUACUAAUUGUGAGCUCAUCAUUAGACAUGGGACCAGAUUUGGACUAAUUUUGGAAUGGGAUUUUCCAACAUGACAAUGGGAAGCGUUAGAUUUACUUAGAAGAAUGCUGUUUUAUAAGAGUUCUCCGACAAUUGUCAUUGUUGUUUUAGACUGAAUAACACAUUUACUCACACGAAUUUUUAAACUAAACAUUUAGUACCAUGGCAACACAAAAAGUAGAAGUACCAGUAAUACCGAGGAACCAGUUCAUGUUAGAAGAGUACCCAAUAGGGAGAGGAGGAUUUGGCACAGUUUUUCGAGGUCAACAUACAAAGCUUGGCUUGGUGGCUGUAAAAACUUUAAUUGAUACAGGUCUCCUUCCACAAAAGCAUUUGAAAGCAUUACAGUCUGAAGCAGAAAGACUAAGAACUGUUUGUCAGCAUCCAUGUAUUCUUAACUUACAUGGCAUUAUCACUGAAAAAGACAAUUAUUCACUUGUGUUGGAAUAUAUGCCAUUAGGGAGUGCGAAUGAAUUUCGUAAAGAUUUUACUGUCCAGUGGCCAUUAAUUGUCCAGAUCAUUCGUGAUGUGAUUGAUGGGAUGACGUUUCUACACGGCCAUAAUCCACUAAUCCUCCAUCUUGAUUUGAAGGCUGAUAAUAUAUUAUUGGAUAAAGGUGUCAGAGCUAAGAUAUCAGAUUUUGGUCUGUCUGAAUGGAAGAAUAUCACAAUGACUGUAACACGAGGUGAAGGAGGAGGUCAAAGUUCAGCUAGAAGAUGUACUGUUUCACAUGUACCUCCAGAGGUAUGGAGUAAUGUCAACCUGCCGUCUGAUAGAUACUACGAUAUUUACAGUUUUGGUAUCAUUAUCUGGGAGUUACUAUCAGGAGAAUUUCCAUACAAAGCUGCUGCAGAAGAACUGAUAAGAUCUGCUGUAUUGAGUGGCCAAAGACCAGAUUUUAUCCAAAUUCCAAAAGACUGUCCGAUGUUCCUCACUAAAAUGAUGACCAGAUGCUGGCAUCAGAAACCUACACAAAGGCCUGCUUUUAAAGAUUUAAAACCUGAAAUUGAGGAUGAGUUUGAGAAGAAUUACAGAAGAACUGUUGUCAAAUCACUGAAAAAUAUCAGAAGGGAAAUAACUCAGAAAUUUCCAUCAACAGAUCCAAUAUAUUUCUUUACAAAUGAAAUAGACAGUAUGGCAGAACCAGUGGAACCAGUUCCAUCUACUUCAGCAAACACAACACCUAAAAAUGUGUCAACAACACCAAAAGUUGUUGAUGCAGAAACUCAUUCAGAAUCUAAGCAGACGAAUCAAAAGACAGAAGAGGAAAAGACUGUUCCGAAAGUUUUGUUUAAAAAGACAGAUGAUUUAACUACGGAGGAAAAAGAAAUUCAUAAAAUUCUCUUUAGUCCAACGGCAUGUAGACUUGCUAAAUCUCGCUAUUUUAAUGACAUAUUUAAGGUAUCAGAGGAAACUCGACAGACAUUAGUUGAUCCUGUAAAAAGAAGGAAGUUAAUUGAAGCUGACGAGACACUUGCUCGACAAGUAAGAUACUCAAAAUUUAAUGCGUUUGACGAACUUGACGGAGAGUUUUAUGAUUUUAGAACUUCUGUGGGAAGGCAGUGGACUGAGGCUUUCCAAAAGGAUAUAUAUGAUAGACAAAGACGAAGUUAUAAUAAAGAUCGGGGUUACGGAAGCUCCAAUAGUGAAGAAACUGAAAGGGGAAAGAAGCACAAAAGAGCUAGUGAUUCAUUAGAGAAAAAUCCUGCUAUGAAAAAGCUUAGAAAUGGAGGAGCUUAUUAUAAAGUGAAAAAGAUAUUGGAAAAUCCAGAUAUGCUUAAACAAUCAUUAGAAGAUAAAAGAAAAGGUGUUGAUAGUUCUCUUCGAUUAACUGCCAUUGAUUCAGAGAGUUUAGAACUUUUAAAGAAUCCUUUCCUUUUAAUGAUGGUUUUUGGUAAUGAGUAUGAUAUUAAAGGCAAAUUCAAAGAUAAUUAUAGAGAUCUGUUUAUGCAGAUGUUUUCCAAUGCUCCAUACAAAGGUUCAUUUCCUACAGGAGGUUAUAAGCUACCAGAAAGUAUGAAAGAUAUGAUACCUCAUUGGUUAGAAUCAGAAAUGACCAAGGAAGGUUGGGAUGUUGAUAGGAUUCAACAAAUUCAAGAUUCAGACCGUCGGCGUAGACGAUACCAAUACGGGAUGAACCCAGACAGUGAUGACGAUGAUUAUGAUGAUUAUCCACCCAUGAGAUAUCUCUCACGUAGAAUGAUGGACGUCAACGUCAAACCAGGAAGUGGAAUAUCAGAGAAAUUGGAUGGUUACCAGUUAAGACGUAUGGUGAGUGAUGUAGAGAGAAAUUGUGGAAACAAGACAGAUUUGGCCAAGAAAGUUAUUCGGAUUUUAUCACGACCACCAAAAGAAGAAAGAGAUGAAGAAAGGAAGAGAGAAAAAGAAAGAAGAUCUGCAGGUCAUUCUUCGUCUGGAUAUGGACCUAUGUCCCAUGCUAGAGAUCCAAUGGAAAUGAUGAUGAUGAUGGGGAUGGGUAGUGAUCCUUCCAGGAUUGAUGAAAAGACGCUACGACAAAUAAUGAAAAUGGAACAGCGUAAUAAAAUGAAAGAAAUGAAGUCUUCAAAUGUAUCAGAAAGACUGAAUAUGAGAACCCCUAGUAUGUUCCAAAAACAAAGCCUGCUUAAAAGAAAAUCAAGUAGUAGUCCAACAUCCUCAAAGCCUAUGGCAACAAAAACCCAGUCAGAUUUAGAAACGGAUGCUUCAGGGUCCAUUCCAGAUAUCUCUGUUAAAUCUGGAGAAAAAGGACCGUCAAACCCACCAGACCCUAAAAAAUCAAAAUCUGAUUUAGAGACUGAUUCCAAAGGCUCCUCAAGUGAAAGUACACCAAAGCUCUCCACCAGUACAGAUGGUUCAGUGGAAAUUGAGCAUAAAAGUUCGGGAGUAUUUGGAGGACUAACCAAACUGUUUUUUGGUAAAAGUGCAAAAGUACCCAACAUGCAAGUGGGAGACAAGAAUGUAAUGCACAUUGGUCGCCAUUUUGAUGACAGUGAUGAUGAUGAUUAUAUGCCAGAUAGCUCAUAUGAUAAAACAUAUCAACCACCUAGUAAUGCAAGACCACCAACAAAAUUAGAAAUAGAUAAAAUAGCUUCAAAAAUACAUGGUGACUAUCGUAAUUUAGGGAGACAGCUGAAAGUACCCUAUAACGCGGUAGAACAAGUUGUGGAGGACUAUAAAAAGGAAGGAAUGCAUGAAGUUACAUAUCAGAUGGUCAAAAAGUGGCAAGAACUAAACGGAGAUGCUGCAACUAAUGUUGUUUUAGCAAAUGCUUUACAUAAAAUGAGGAGGGACGACUUGUCCAGAUUUUUAAGAUUUUGAAAUAUUUGUUAUUCAUUUUUGCAUACUUAUAUAGACAUUUCAUAAAGCAUUAAUAUUUGUGUGAAGAGAGUGCUCACAAAAUGGGAAUGUAUCGGAGUACUGUUUUAUAGUAUUCAUGUGAACAGGAACUCAUAUAUGUUUUUUUUUUUUAUGUAAAUAUAUGCAUACUAAUAUUUAAUUCAUUAUAAGAAGAAAAAAAUAAAAUUGUAAGGAAAUA